AUGAUAGUUAAUAAAAUAGCAAGUAGAAUCUCUUUAGGUUCUAGGGCAUUUGCUAAGAAUAACAGGUUUAUUAGAUUUAAUUCUUCGAAUACAAAAGAUAUCGUUAUUCAAAGAUACCAAGACAAAUUAAAGGAAAGGGCCAAUGCUUUAGGAUUGAAAGAUGUCGACGAAUUAAAGGAUAAAUUAAAGGAUGAUAUUGAAAAGAAGAAGAAAGAAUUUUCUGCCGUUGAUCCAUUGAAGGAGUUGGAAGAAUAUGAAAGAAGACAGGCAUUAGAAAUUCAGAAGAAUAAUGAUAAAACCAUUAAGGUGAGAUCUCCAAUUGACAAAAAUACACCACAAGCACCAUAUAAAGUCUUAAAUUCUUAUGUGGAUGUUGAAAAAGUAAAGGAUUUACCCUUAAAGGAGUUAGAGUUUAUUUGGAGAGCCAGGUUUCAAAAUACAGAACGUUCAAUGGUGGCACUUUUGAAUAACUUGCAAUUCGCUUCCAUGUAUGCCAAUGCAUUUAAAAAUCCUAGUUUUAUCUUACCAUUACCUAAGGAUGAAGAUGGAUACGAAAUGCAUUUUGUUCAGUGGUCCUUUGUUGGUCCUAAGACCACACAUUGUAUGUUGACAACUGUUGCUGAAUACAAGCUUCACAAGGAAUAUGCCAAGCCUCAUACUACUUUAAUGUUCCAUCAGGAUUUGAGUGAAACCAAGGAUGUUGUUCUCAUGAAUGGUCAAGUCGAAAAAGAGUCAUCCUUAACCAUGGAUGAAGCCCAGUUAUUAGUUUUGAACGUCCAACGUUUCUACGGUGGAAUCACUAGUGCUAAAGGAAAUGACAAAAAGUUAGCUUUGUUGAGAGAUUUUACUAGUGGUAAUGCUGAUUUCAACAUGGAUGAAUUGAUCGCAGAAGCAGCUUCCAUAGAUUAG